GUUGAUGCAGCAGCGCACGGCUGUGGUGCUCAAAUCCACCACCGGAGCUGGGAAGACAAUAGGUGAAAUACACCCCGCCGGCCGGGACUCCCAAGACUGCACUAAAAAACGAGGGUCUGCAUCCGCUUCGGCUUCACUAGUGUCCGUGUGAGGAAUCGGGUUAGAGUGAAGUGAGACCCGGCAGGUAGCUGGAUCAGGAUGGCGGCCGUAGUGAACUACUCUCCACCCUGGUGGGUGAACCUGCUUCACCGAAUGCCCCAUUUCAACAUGGAAUUCCAGCUUGUGAGCAGUGACUUCAGGCCAGAGGACUCUGAGUACCAGAAGUCCAUUUUGCUGCUCGGUGCUGUGGCAUUGCUGUGUCUGGGCCUGGACCUCCUCUUCCUCCUCUUCUAUUCAUUCUGGCUUUGCUGCCGGCGACGCAAGAGUGACGAUUCCUCGCACUCCCACUCCCACUCCCAGCAGCCCAGCGCCGACUGCUGCUGCACCGCCUGGUGCGUCAUCAUCGCCACGCUCGUCUGCAGUGCUGGGAUCGCUGUAGGCUUCUAUGGAAAUGGGGAGUCGAGUGACGGAGCCAAUCGCUUGGCGUACUCCCUCCGUCAUGCCAACCGCACCGUAUCAGGGGUGGAGAAACUGGUGUCAGACAGCGCCCUAGCCUUAAACCAGACAGUGGAGGAGAACCUGGUCCAGUUGGAGACUGCCUUCCAGGAGCAGACAGACUACAUGUCCAUCGUCCAAAAGCUGCAGGGACAGCUGGACGAACUGGUGAGGCUGAUGGUGGAUGUUCCCUUCUGGUCCAAUACUGACAUUUCCCUGGAAGACUUGGCCCGCAAGACGGAGGCCUUUGAUUUUUACAGGUGGUUGGGUUACCUCAGCCUGCUGCUGUUUGAUGUCCUCAUUUGUCUUCUGGUGCUCUUCGGUCUGAUACGCAACUCCAGAGGCACUCUGAUUGGAGUGUGUCUGCUGGGUGUUUUGACACUGAUCAUCAGCUGGGGGUCUCUCGGUUUGGAACUGGCUGUCGCUGCUUCAGCCAGCGACUUUUGCGUUUCCCCGGAUACCUACGUCACCAGGGUAACCAAGGAAAAUGCUGUUAUCAACCAAGAUAUCCUGCAGUAUUACCUGAGGUGCAGCUCUGGCCAAAUUAACCCCUUCCAGCAGAGGCUGUCAGGGAGUCACAAAGCAUUGGUGGAGAUGCAGGAUGAUGUGGCAGAGCUACUGAGAUCAGCAACACGUGAUUAUGCCAACACCAAGGGGAGUCUCGAGCAAAUCCAGUCUGUGCUGAAUUCAACUGAGGUUGGUCUUCACCAGCUCACUGCUCUGGUCGACUGUCGCAGCCUACACAUGGACUACGUUCAGGCACUGACUGGGCUGUGUUAUGACGGGGUGGAGGGUCUCAUCUACCUGGUUCUCUUCUCCUUUGUCACUGCCCUCAUGUUCUCCUCCAUUGUGUGCAGCGUGCCACAUACCUGGCCGGGGAAGAGGACGGAUGAGGAAGACGGAGAAGACGAGUCGGGCGCCUCACGGGGCGGCGUGCACGAUAACCUGUACCGCGUUCACAUGCCCAGUCUCUACAGCUGUGGCUCCAGCUACGGUAGCGAAGCUAGCCUGCCAGCUACAGCCCACACUGUCAGCAAUGCCCCCGUCACUGAAUACAUGAGCCAGAACGCAAACUUUCAGAACCCUCGGUGUGAGAACACCCCCCUGAUUGGCAGGGAGUCCCCUCCACCCUCUUACACCUCAAGUAUGAGAGCAAAGUACCUGGCCACCAACCGACCGGACCAGAACCGACGCUCCGUUCCUAACGACCAACUGGACCCAUCUAGCCGGCCUCACCCCACUGCCCGACCACAGUCUUCAGUCCACUAGAGACCAGAUCCGCCCCAGUCCACCCAAGUACUGCCUGACUCCAGUUCUCACAGCCAAUGACAAGAUUAGUGCUCCGCAGAGCUCAACCAAGCCGAAGGGUUUUAAAGCACCAACAGGACCCCAGUUUGUCUAGGUCCACAGAAUUUCACCGCCCGGUUCACCAGAAACAACACAGCAAGCCAGGACUCAUCAACCAAGCACCUCAGCAAAGGACUGCACUUUGAAGGUCAACCUCUACUUCUCACCCAUAUUUAUCCCAAAAUUACAAAAAUGAUCUUCCUCUGCUCAUUCCACCACCGCUGUGAUGGAUCAGCCCACAUACCCGCAGUGCACAGCAGUUAAAGCGCCUUGGCUCCAUCUCCGGUUUCUUCUUCUACUUUUCAGUGCCCACCUCCUCCACUGGGGUCCGUACACUGCCCUCCAGUGGAGACAGCUAACCACUCAACCCCCUGACACUUUAACAUUCAGACCACACGCACAUGCACUCAAGUGCUCACACACAUGCAAACACACACACACACACACACACACACACACACACUGUACAGAGCUGUAAAUAGUAAACGUGUGCUUUACUCUGAUUUCAUGAAAAGUAGACUGUUGAAUCAUUACUGGUAAAUGUGGUGUGCUGCGUGUUUAUCAUGGAAAUCUUUGCUGUAUCUCUCAUACAAACAUACACAUCCGUAUAAAUAAUAAGCCAGUGAAUCAGAAAGCCAUGUUUAGGUAGAAAAAGUACCAACACAUCCACAUUCUCUUUAUCUUAACAUUGUUGUCUAACUAAGACUUGAAUCGUGAGCUUGAAAAAACUGUGUCUCUCUCCAUAUUUGUUUACGUGUACAUACAGUACACGCAACGAUUAAUGCAUUUUGAAUAUGAGCCAGGAACCUUGUCGUGGAAUACCUGUUUUUGAAUUCUGGGGAAUUGGAGGGAGAGACACGGGACAUAAGAAGGCUCAACUUGUGCCAAAAAACUCUGAAUAAUGAGGGAUGCCUGAUUCUGUCCUCCUACUGCCUCCAGACGUCUCAAAAAAGGGGAAAAGAAAAAAAAAAAAACUUCAUGUAGAAUGUUUUCCCUUUGACUGUAAAUAACAAGGGAACGGGAAAAAGACACUUGAAAAUGGAGUAAGACUCACUGAGAAUUGCAUUUACAAGGUGCUAUGUAUGUCAAGAUCCCAGAAGACGAUCAGGACUGAGGAGGGACGGGAAAAGUUUUUAUUAUUUUUAUGUUUUGUUUUCAUUCAGGGAAUAUUAAAAAAAAGUGUUAAAAAUAAAACAACUUUCCAUCAUUAAUGAAUGGAAGUCCCGAAAUCUGAAAAAAAACAUGUCCCUGGUAAUUAAUGUUACAUAAAAGUGUUUAAAAACAAGGAAAGUGGGUGUUUUUUAAAAUUUUAUUUUAUUUUAUUUUUUUUAUCAUAAGCUGGAAUUCGGGAUGUGAUACUGUGAUCAACUGUAGUAUUCUGUUUCUUCUUCUAUCUUCCUGUGCUUUUAUUUUGUUAACCGGUGACCUUGGAUGGACCCUUAGCCAUCAGCAGUCUUUAGAUUUCUUGAUUUUUAUUUUAUUUUUUUACCCACAAGCACAAAUUCUCUCUGACUUUGCGAGACGGAGAAGUAAACCUGCCCUGGACACUGCCAGUGGUGUUUCCUCCCGCUCUAGAAACUCUGUACAGUGUAUAAAAACUGUAUCCGUGAACCCGUGUGUGUGACAUCACUGCGGCGUGAUUGGCUAUUGCUCUAUCUCGGUGUUACUGUGUGUAAGUACAGUGAUAGGUGUGUUUGACUGGCAGCAAGCAAAAAGGGGCCAGCCUAUCUAAGCCUGAGUCAUUUCCACACAGACGCCACGCAUGCCCUCAUACACACACACAUACACACACACACACACACACACACACACACACACACACACACACACUGAAACACACACAGAUACACACACACACGCUGUACAGACAUUCAGUACUUCUUAUAAUCCAUCCUUCUCUCCCGACUUUGUCCUGUUUACAUUCCCCUGUAGAGCUGUAGUAACCACGUGCCCUCCCACAGCUGUGACACUCAUAACCAUUUGCAUUAUGGGUGAUGUAGUAGGUAGAAACCUGGAAUCUAGUGAUUAGCCGAGUGAGCAGAGCCCUAACAUCCAAACACCUUUCAACCACCAUUCCUGUACAGCAUUUUAAUAUGUUAUUAUUAAUCAAUGACCACUUCUCGUAUUAGCGAGACAAUCUUACAUGUGUGAUUUUACUAGAAAGAAAAAUGUCCAUGUUAUGGUAACAAUGCUACCUAUGGUCUAGUACUUUGCAGUGUUUUUUGCACCAUCGAUGCAAACGAUGUUAAGAUCCGUGCGACUAGUCACUGAUUAAUGGCCUUUCAUAAUGUUUUUAAACUCUUACAACACUCUUCAUAUCACAACAUGUUCUUUUUUUUAUUUUUCUCUGUCUUGUAAAGAUCAAACUUAAAGAUAAAAUAAUAGCUAGCUGUUUUGUAGGAGCAUAAAGGCAAGAGCAGCGUUUUUCCUCUCUUAUUAAUGGUGAAUGACUCUCUGUCUUGCAAUGUUUUAAUAAAACUAUUCCAGUGUCCUCUGCACACCUGACGUAAAGUUAUAUUUGAACUCCUGUGCAAUGCUUUCUGGGAUUUCAACCAAUCGGAUACAGUGUGUCUCGCUCACGUUAAAGAGUCAGUAUUGUUUGUGUGUAUGUGCGGCAUUUGCAGGACUUCAAAUACACUUCUGUACAGAUGUGACAGACAAUGUUUUCUAUGGCUGUUUUUAUUUUCUGAUGGUUUAACUAAGAUAUUAAUGAUGUACAUGUCAAAACUGUGGUAAUGAUAUCAUUCAGCCUGGAAUAAAUGUUUUAAAAAAAAGAAAUUAAAGCAACUUUAACGUAC